AUGGCUUCCCUGCAGCUGCAAGCUGUCGGUGUCAUCAUGGCUUUGGUGGCUGGCGCCGGUGCCGCGCAGAGCUUCGAGUUCCACGAGGCCACCGUCGAUGCCAUCCAGCUCGGCUUCAGCAACGGGACUCUGACCUCGACGGCGCUGGUCCAGUUCUACCUGGACCAGAUCGGCCGGCUCAACCCACUGCUGCACGCCGUCAUCGAGGUCAACCCGGACGCGCUCCCGCAGGCCAAGCAUGCCGACGCCGAGCGCCGCCACGGCACGGCCACAGGCGCGCUGCACGGGGUCCCUAUCCUGCUCAAGGACAACAUCGCUAUCCAGGACGCGCUCAACACUACGGCGGGCUCCCUCGCUCUCCUCGGCUCUGUGGUGAAGCGUGACGCCGGCGUGGUGGCUCGGCUCCGGCGCGCAGGCGCCGUGGUGCUCGGCAAGGCCAGCCUGUCCGAGUGGGCUAAUUUCCGCCCAGUCGACAACGGGUGGAGCGCCCGGGGCGGUCAGGCCCGGAACCCGUACGUCCUGUCGUCCACCCCGUGCGGCUCGAGUGCCGGCUCAGGCGUGGCCGCGGCGGCGAACAUGGCGGCCGUGACGCUGGGCACCGAGACUGACGGCUCCAUACUCUGCCCGUCGUCGUUCAACUCCGUGGUUGGCAUCAAGCCCACCCUCGGUCUCACCAGCCGCGCCGGCGUCGUCCCCAUCACCCCGUUGCAGGACACCGUCGGACCGAUGUGCCGGACGGUGUCGGACGCGGUGCACGUGCUGGACACCAUCGUCGGCUACGACGAGCACGACGCCGCGGCCACCGGAGCGGCAUCAAAGUACAUCCCCGAUGGCGGGUACACGCAGUUCCUGAAGAAAGAUGGGCUGAGGGGCAAGAGGAUCGGCGUCCCCAAUGGCUUCUUCCAGAGAUAUGGGCAGACGCAGCUGAAUGUGUACAAGCAGCACCUCGCCACAAUGAGGGAACUCGGAGCGGUUGUGGUGGAGAAGCUGGACGUCGCUGCCAAUUUGACGGCUCUAUUGGAUGAGAUUGGGUCUAACGAGGGGAUGGUGAUGCAGGCAGAAUUCAAGCUCAGCAUAAACGCCUACUUGGCAGACUUGGUCCACUCCCCGGUCCAUUCUCUUGCAGACAUCAUAGCAUUCAACAAGGCGCAUCCUGUGGAGGAGAGGCUGAAAGAUUUCGGGCAGCCCGACCUAAUCGCUGCCCAAAGCACAAAUGGCAUUGGCCCCGUGGAGAGAGCCGCGAUCCAGCGUCUGAAUGAGUUGAACGCGAAUGGGCUGGAGAAGAUGAUGAAGGAGCACCAGCUUGACGCGAUCGUGGCGCCUAACAGCGCUAUAUCUAGCCUUCUUGCCAUUGGUGGCCACCCUGGCAUCAUUGUGCCGGCUGGUUACGACAAGAAGGGGGUCCCCUUCGGGAUAUGUUUCGGUGGGCUGCAGGGGUACGAGCCGAGGCUGAUCGAGAUGGCCUAUGCUUUCGAGCAGGCUACCAAAGUUAGGAGGCAACCCAUGUUCAAGCCCUAG